AUUAACUUGUUUAUUGUUAUUUUUAUCAACACCUUACUAUCCCUCGCAUUAAUCUCAAUUGCAUUUUGACUGCCCCAAAUAAAUUUAUAUUCAGAAAAAGCAAACCCAUAUGAAUGUGGCUUUGACCCUACAAGCUCUGCACGCCUACCAUUCUCGAUAAAAUUUUUCCUAGUAGCUAUUACAUUUUUAUUAUUCGACUUAGAAAUUGCUCUACUAUUACCGCUACCAUGAGCAAUUCAAACAACUAACACCACUAUUAUAAUAACUAUAGCCUUUAUUCUUGUUACAAUCCUAUCAUUAGGCCUAAUAUAUGAAUGACUGCAAAAAGGAUUAGAAUGAACAGAAUAA